AUGUCGAUUAAGUAUGCGGUGCUGCCCGUGGCGGGGCGUGGCACACGAUUGUUGCCUUUGACCAAGAGUCAGCCGAAGGAAAUGCUCCCGGUCGGUCGGCGGCCAGUCGUGCAAUAUGUGGUUGAGGAGUUAGCCUCCGCCGGCGUAAACAAGCUGGUCUUCGUCACCGGUCCCGGCAAAGAGGCGAUCGAAAACCACUUCGAUAUCGACGACGAGCUGACCACCCAUCUCCGCACCUCGGGUAAAGAAGAUCUGCUCGAAGAGUUGGCCUACGAGCGAGAGCAGGUCGAGUACUUUUACACCCGGCAGCGACGCCAAUUGGGUUUGGGGCACGCCGUGCUCUGCGCUCGGGCGAUGGUUCACGACAGCCCGUUUGUGGUGGCUCUGGGCGAUUCGCUCAUCGGGCUGCAGGGGUCUUCCGAUGUGGUGAGCCGGAUGAUUCACGAGUACGAGCAGCACAAGGCCGACGCGAUUAUCGCCUUUGAGAAAGUGCCCGCCGAGCACGUCGACCGUUUCGGCAUCGCGAAGCCCAAGGGUGCCACCGACGACGUGUUCGACCUGGAAGACGUAAUCGAGAAGCCCUCGCUAGCCGAAGCCCCCAGCCAGUUGGCCAUCUCAGGUCGCUAUGUGCUCAGCCCCGACAUCUUCGACAUUCUGGCUGAGACCGCACCUGGCAAGGGAAACGAAAUCCAACUCACCGAUGCCCUGCGUACGCUCAUCGCCCGCGGCGGUAAAGUGCUGGGCAUGCAACUCGCCCCCGGCGAGCAUCGUUACGACAUUGGAAGUUUCGACAGUUACUACCGCGCGUUCAUUCGCUGUGCCUUGGCUGAUCCGGCUUGUGGUGCCGAGUUGCGAAAAGACCUGCGCGGGGUACACGCAGUGGAACUGAUUCGUAAACGGGCGUUCGCCCGCGCCGGUUUCGUGGGUAACCCUUCCGACGGUUACAACGGCAAGACAAUCUCGCUGGUGGUCCGCGAUCUCUACGCCACCGUCGUGCUUUAUGAAUGGGACGAAGUCGAAGUCGUUCUCAGCCAAGAAGAUCACAGCCGUUUUCGUUCGGUGGCCGAACUCGCUCGCGACGUAGAGCUACACGGCUACUACGGCGGGGUCCGGCUGGUUAAAGCCACGAUCAAAAAAUUCUACGAGUACACCCAGAAGCACAACAUCAAGCUGCACGAGCGAACCUUUGCCGUUCGCUACGAGAGCAACAUUCCCCGUCAGGUUGGUCUGGGUGGUUCCAGCGCCAUCAUCGUGGCCACGCUUCGCAGCCUGAUGGAGUUCUACAAGGUUGAGAUUCCACUGGAGAUCCAACCAUCGCUGGCUCUUUCGGUCGAAACCGAGGAACUCGGGAUCGGCGCUGGUCUGCAAGAUCGCGUGAUUCAAGUUUACGAAGGCGUCGUCUAUAUGGACUUCGCUCGCGAAAGUAUGCGUGAGAUCGACGGCUUCGUCUGCGGGCGAUACGAGCCGCUCGAUCCCCAACAACUGCCGGGCAUCUACGUGGCCUACAAGGCCGACGCCAGCGGGCCGACGGAAGUCGUGCACAAUAACCUGCGCACCCGUUACGACCAGGGCGACCCGCCAAUUCAUCAAGCCAUCGACCGGUUCGCCGAACUCGCCGCUCUCUCUCGCGAGGCCAUCCUCGCCGGAGAUACCAAAGCUCUGGCCUGUCUAAUUGAUGAGAACUUCGACCUGCGGCGUAAAAUCAUGCAACUUCCCCGCGAACAGGUUGAAAUGGUCGAAGUGGCCCGCACUGCGGGGGCGAGUGCCAAGUUCGCCGGAUCGGGGGGUGCGAUCGUCGGCACUUUUGAAGACGAGGCCAUGUUCUCCCGCCUGCGUGAGAAGCUGGAACGGAUCCAAUGCCGGGUUCUCAAGCCCACUGUUACAUGA